GAUCCUUUCAACGAGCCCGGCCAGUUGCACCACCCCCUUGAAACGCAUCACAUCCACGCUCUUCACAACCUUCAACACCCUCACAUCUCACACUCUUUCAUCCCUCUUCAAACUAACACAUCCAACCGCAGCCCAACAUGACAUGUGCUUUGCACUCCUCAUGUCCGAGAUUGCCCUCUUCUCGGUCAUCAUCGCGCCCAUGCCAUUCACGAUGCGCAAGCGCAUGUUCCACUUCCUGAGCGAGAACCCCAUCGUCGCAAAGGUCCAGUACGCUCUCAAGAUCACCUUCAUAUUCGUGGCCGUCCUCUUCAUCGAUGCGCUCCAGCGCAUGGUCCGUAUUGCGCAGGAGGGCGCGUACGCCAAGCAGAAGCAGGAGAUGGCCGAUGUUCGCGCCGAGACGACCUACGCGGCUCGUCGCUUCUACGCCCAGCGUAACCUCUACCUCACCGGAGCGACCCUCUUCCUCUCGCUCAUCCUCUCGCGCGUCUUCUACAUCAUCCUUGACUUCAUCCACACCCAGGAGGAGCUCAACGCCAUCACUGGCAAGGGCGGCAAGGCCGCCAGCGCCGGUGCCGAGAUCGAGCAGCUCCAGGCCCGCAACAAGGAGCUCGAGGACAAGGUCAAGGCUCUUCAGGCCAAGGACCGCGACUUCGACAACCUCAAGAAGCAGGCCUCGCAGCAGGCUCACGAGUACAACCGCCUCGCUGAUGACCUCAACAAGGCCACUGGCUCGGUCUCUGACAAGAAAGCCGACUAAGUUCAAAAUGUGGCGUUGUUGACAUACAUCUGUUGCAAGUAGCCCCCUGUUCUUAUCAUACACUAUAUGCCAUUCGCGCCAGUCGCUUUGCCUGCA